AAUGAUUUCCUGAGAUGCAGAAUUGAAAGUACAAAGUUAAUGCUUUUCAACUAAAUUUCUAAAACGUCUGGUUCGGCAGCUAUGGAAGCUUAGCGCACUAUUGCAGGACCCUGUAUACAAGGAGAUAUAGGAGAAUGUUGAAUUUACCUCACGUUCAUCAUUACUUAUGCAUUCGAUUUAGUUUGGGUUGUCUGUCCUUUGAAACAGUAUUAUGGAUGUGGACGACUUAAAAGGUACACUCUGAUCUAUCCAAAACAAGUAACAAAUCAGUCCGUUAUGGAUUCACGUCAUUACCCCUUCCCCUUCCAAAACGAACAAUCAGCAAGGAAACCUUUGGCUACAGGAGGAUUACCUCAUCGAAAAUGUUUUGAUCAUAAGGAUCAUCGAACUCGUCCAACCCAUAUAUAUUCUGAAUAUAAAGGACGGAAACUUGUGUACUCACAUAGCUCGAGUCCUUAUUUACAUGAUAUUGCUCGAAUAAUAAUUACUGACGUACAAAUGACAAUAAACAGGAUGAGAAAUCUCCACCGCCAUUACUCAUUUUUUCCGAGGAAUGCAAAAAUGGUCAACUGAAAAUAUGCGUCGAUAACCACCCAUCCUCUUAUCGUUGAGGAAAAGAGGAAAAAUCAUUCCAACUGUUACGAUACCACAAUCGAAUACGGUUCUGUUUUCUCAUAGUUCGAAUUUAGUGGACAGUACGAAGUGGAUAUGUUAUACGUACAUCGAAGUUUGGCGUUGUGCGUGUUUUUCGGAAUCGUUAACAGUGCCAGAAUUUUAGGGGUGUUUUAUUCCCCUGGAUUCAGCCAUUUUAUAGCUGGGAGUACGCUGAUGAGUGUACUGGCUGAGAGAGGACAUAAUGUAACAGUUGUAAGUCCAUUUUCAAGAGAAGCAAGUUCGGAAAACUAUGAGGAAAUUUAUUUGGACGGACUUUUCAACAAAUCUUGGAGUCGAUCCGCAAGUUUGUUCAAAAAGCGACAGAACCCAUUCCUCCUAGCCUUGAUAGCGAACAAGCUUUCCGCUCCUUUUUUGACUAAAUUCAUGUCGCAUCCGAAAUUUCAAGAACUCAUCAAUGGAAAUCGAACAUUCGACUUGGUAAUCGUGGAACAGUUUGCCUGCGAGGCACUGUUCUACCUGGGCACGCACUUCAAAGCUCCCCUGAUAGGUUUCAGCACAAUUGACGCUAGUCAGUGGACUAACAGAUACGUCGGCAAUCCCACUUUUCCUGCCUAUAUCCCUGAUAUAUUGCUCCCUUUCGAUAAGAUGACUUAUUGGCAACGGAUGCAGAAUACAUUGAUCUAUUUGCUGCAAGAAGUUUUGUUUCAUUAUCAGAGGAUUCCAGCCCAACAGCAGAUUCUGGAAGACAACUUUCCAGCAGCUCCUAGACUGGAGGAUUUUAUGUACAAUAUAUCCUUGACUUUCCUCAAUGCUGAUCUGAGUUUUCAUAAUUCCAUCCCCAAAGUUCCCAGUAUGAUAGACAUCGGAGGGUUCCAUAUAAAUCCUCCAAAAGCCCUACCACAAGACCUUCAGGAAGUACUGGACAAUUCGACAAAUGGGGUUAUAUAUUUCAGCAUGGGUACUUCAGUCAGAAGCAAGGAUAUGCCAGAAGAGCAGUUGAAUGCAUUCAUGGAGGUAUUUUCGAAACUAAAAGAAACUGUUUUGUGGAAAUGGGAGAAUGAGAGCUUGCCUAGAAAUCUCAAAAAUGUUAUAACGAGGAAAUGGUUUCCUCAACAGGAUAUACUGCGACAUAAAAAUGUAAAAAUGUUCAUUACACAUGGGGGUCUCUUCAGUAUGAUGGAAUCUUUGAAUAGUGGCAUACCCAUGCUAACCAUCCCGAUUAAAGCAGACCAGUUCUUAAAUUCUGCAAGAGCUGAACGAGGUGGCUAUGCAAAAUCGAUCGAUUUUCUUGAAAUUUCAGAAUCCACUCUUACCCUAGCAAUAAAAGAGUUACUGGAGAUACCAAGGUACAAACAGAAUGCAGAAUGGAGGUCGUACAUUAUGAAUUUGAAACCUAGAAGUCCCAGAGAAACAUUAAUAUUUUGGACGGAAUAUGUUAUUAAAUUUCGGGGAGCGCCACAUUUACGAGUGUCAUCUUUGGACAUUCCAUGGUAUCAAUAUAUGCUACUGGAUGUCUUACCUCUCAUAGUUCUACCACCAUGCAUAUUUCUGAUAGUGGUCAUACUACUGUCAUUUUACCUCGUCAAACUGAUCGUCCGAUUCUGUUGUGGUGAAUGUGACUCAGGAGGGAAUGUAGUGGAAAGGAUACGUAACCGUUGGAAAAUUUUGCUAAGAUCGAAUAAUGAUGCGGAAAAACCUGCAGAGGAAGCACUUCAACUACUCAAAAACAACAGGGAUAACCAUUGUGAGCAACAGAAAAGUGUCACAUUGGAGACAGAUCAUUGAGUUAUCUCCAUUGAAGAUAAUCAAGAUCUCAAUGUAUGAUUUAUUGCUAAUAUGAAUCAAUGGAUGAAACAAAGUAUCUCUCGACUGUUAUGAAGCUACAGUAGGGGAAGUUGGGGAAGAAUUAGAAUAAAGAUAUCGAAUAUUAAAUAUAACAGACGUUAAUUUUUCAUGUUUUUGAUCCAAGUCUCCCCAAAGUUGAAUAUAAAAAAUCAUCAUAUCACUUAAGAUAUUAUUGAGAUAGUUAAGAUAACUGACGGAGCUUUCAGAGAAUUAGAAGCUCUACUAUAAGUAGAGAUUUAAUUAUAUUUGGAAAAAAUAAUUUUCCACUGUUUUCAAUUAGAAAGGAGGUCAUUCUUCAAGUUAAAAAUAAUAAAUCUUUCUUUUUUCCCGAACAAUUAAUUGAGAUCGAAUGUUAUUAAAAAAUAUUCAGCUUGACUCGAAUAGACUGAUCAGAUGUACUAUAAUUAUAAUUUUAAUCUCUC